UGCAUGUGACAGACAGUCCCUCUAGCGGCUAUGCACUGUAUCACAUUUUUCCGUGCAACCACAGUCAGCCAACAACCAGCAGUUUGAGCUCGUGACGGAGUGGAGUGUUGCUGGAGCGCAACACGGCGAGUCCGAGAGGUAGCCAGUAACACGAAAGGCUUGUAACUCGUUGUAACAUAACGAGGUGUGCCGUUUUGAGGUCUACAUCUGGUUUGCCUGUUACCUACGUAGUACCAGCAGCAACAGCAGCAGGGACUGAGAACCAGUGCGGACGUGAAAGUGCCGUGUGUCGUGUGUGUCUCAUAUAUCGAAAAACCUCAAGGAACAAGAUUAAGUACGAAGAACGUCUUGAUUUAGGAUUUCAAUCAACAAAUGUGUCUUAGUGUUUUGGACCAUCACAAAAAAAAAGAACAACACGGCAUGAGAUCGAAGCAAUGGUAGGGGCCUUUGGCAUCAUAGAACGGGAAUUGUAAUCGUUUAGAGGAGAUUGAGGAUCGUCCUGCCAGGCUGCUCAGGAUGCUGAGAAGCAUCGUUGUCAACCUGGGGCAUCGCCGACUAAAAGCGCGAAUUAUUGCCAGCGUGCGGCGAAUCGCAGCCAGCUGAGAAUGUCAGAGCAAAAUGGGCCCACAGAGGGCCCGGGUUGGUGGCCCCCGGCGCAAUCAUGGAAGUUACAAUCGUCAAUGCCAUCCCGUACCUCGGAGGCUGGGAAGAACGUCUCCGUCACGACCAUUAACGUGCUACCGGCUCACGAGAUGCACGAUGGUAAAAGUGUAUGCAAGUAUCUGGGUGGACAGAAUGGCGUGACGGUAUCAGUAGUAUCGAGCUGUGGAUCCGGUGUCAUUGAUUCCGGCACCAGCAUCGGGUCCACAGAAUCAACAAACGUUAACGACGUAGAGGAUAGUGAUGGGGAAGUGAGUAAAAUCGACUUCCGCGGGGUUAAUUUGCGCACAAAGAAAAAGCACGACAACGAAAGCUGUAAUGAUAAUUUACAGCAACAACCAGAAAGGCCCAUGUCCUGGGAGGGUGAACUAUCAGAUCAAGAAAUGUCUUCCAACACCAUUACAAAUCAAGACCUUGAAGAAACAUCUAUGGAAGGAGUUCAAGUUUGUAGUGCAAGUCCUGGACCACAAGAACAAAAAUUUCCAAUAAAACCGGAGCCGGAUUUCCGGUCUAGUCCGGGACUAACACAUGGUUUGAAUGACACUAUUCUGCCUUUAUCACACGCUCAACAAGUUCAACAACAUCAACGUUUGGAAAGCUUGGAGCAGACACAACAAAAUGAUUUACCUUUACUUGUUGGAAAGCUCCUUGGAGGUUAUAACAGCUCGACUCCUAAUCACAGCCCUGUACUCAAUCCAAGGCAUCAUCUCACUAAACACAGUCACACCAGAUCACAGGUUCCAUCACCCGAUUCCGCGAUUCAUUCAGCGUACAGUGUAUUCAGUUCGCCAACACAAAGUCCACAUGCAGCAAGACAUUCGGCACUGGGUCCAGGGAGUCCAGUACCAUCGUCAUCAUUAUCUCUGUCACGUCACAGUUUUAAUAAUUCAACAUCAUCACUAUCUUUGUCACUUUCACAUUCACUGUCGCGAAACAAUUCGGAUGCAUCAAGCAGUUGUUACAGUUAUGGAUCACUAAGUCCUCCGACACAUUCACCAGUUCAACAACCCAGACAUGCACAUCCACAACAUCAUCAUCAAGUCGCUCAAGGUAGUCCUUUACAUCUACCGGCAUCAUCCACUGGAAGUCAUCAUUAUUCAGCACCAGGUUCCGAGAUCUCUUCCGAGGGUCAUCCUGACGAUCAAGACGAUUGUAGAAUACCCUCGGCACCCACUGGUAUUUCAACAAGACAACAAUUAAUCAAUAGUCCCUGUCCAAUAUGCGGUGACAAAAUUAGUGGUUUUCACUAUGGUAUUUUUUCCUGUGAAUCGUGCAAAGGCUUUUUCAAGAGAACAGUACAAAAUCGUAAAAAUUACGUAUGCCUAAGAGGUGUCGGUUGUCCAGUGACAGUCGCGACAAGAAAAAAAUGUCCAGCUUGCCGCUUUGACAAGUGUCUCAAUAUGGGAAUGAAACUCGAAGCAAUAAGGGAAGAUAGAACAAGAGGUGGUCGAAGUACCUAUCAGUGUACAUAUACACUGCCAGCGAAUCUCAUUGGUAGUCCUGCCGGCGGGAUGUCUGGUGAUAAAAUGACAGGUGGAUCUUGUAGUCCUGCACCACCAGGUUCAGAGCAUCAUCAUCAAAUGAGACAUCAUUCGAAUCAUUCACAUAAAAUGCAAGCAGUGCCACAAUUAUUACAAGAUAUUAUGGAUGUUGAACAUUUGUGGCAUUAUAAUGACAAUGACAGAGUUGGCGGAAGUCAAAAUAGUACAUCAGGUGGGAAUGGUAGCGGAAGUUGUGGAAGCGGUGAUUCACUAGUGGGUGGUGGAGGAGGAGGAGGAGGAACUGCAAAUGGAGCAACUGGUACAAAUGGAAAUAUCAAUAGUGGCGAAUCUGCGAGGCCUAGUUCCACUGGAUCGUUACCGGCAAAUAAUCACGAUCAUCAACAUUCAUCAACAAAUGUUAAUGCAACAAUUACACCCAAUCCUAAUGGUAAUCCAACACAGCAUCCCGACUUUUUGUCAAACUUGUGCAAUAUCGCUGAUCAUAGACUGUACAAAAUUGUCAAAUGGUGUAAAAGCCUGCCUUUAUUUAAAAACAUCUCAAUUGAUGAUCAAAUUUGUUUACUCAUCAAUUCAUGGUGUGAAUUGUUGUUGUUUUCAUGCUGUUUUCGAAGUAUGAGUACACCCGGAGAAAUACGUGUGUCAUUAGGAAAAUCUAUUACUUUAGAGCAAGCGAGACAACUUGGUUUAGCGACAUGCAUCGAGAGGAUGCUUACUUUUACAAAUAAUCUCAGGCGCCUCAGGGUGGAUCAAUACGAAUAUGUUGCAAUGAAGGUGAUAGUACUAUUGACAUCGGAUACAAGUGAAUUAAAAGAACCCGAGAAGGUGAGAGCUUCUCAGGAAAAAGCACUUCAAGCACUACAGCAAUAUACAAUCGCCAGGUAUCCAGAAAUGCCAGCAAAAUUUGGCGAAUUGCUUCUCAGGAUUCCUGAUUUGCAAAGAACGUGCCAAGCAGGAAAGGAAUUGUUAAGCGCUAAACGUGCCGAGGGUGAAGGUUGUUCGUUUAAUCUUCUAAUGGAAUUAUUACGUGGGGACCACUGAAAAUGUCGAAUUAAUCUUAAACGGACAAUAUUUUUUAUUGCUAAGCAGGAAAUUCCGAACUGAUAAUCGAGAUAAGAUGUACAGUAGGAGUCCAAGACGAUAGCAGAUUAAAAGAUGUGAUAAAAAAAAACCCGAUGCGUGAAGGACGCUUCGAGUAUAUUCUUCCUUUGCGAUUUUUCAGAUUCCAUACUUAUGCGACCCAUAAGUCUCCGGGAAUCAGGUUUUAGAUUAUAGGCGAGAAUGAGUGGUGUUUUUUUUUAUUUUUUUAUUUUUUUUUUUUAGAACCCUGACUGUUAAAUGUGCGAUAGUAAUGCGAUAAAGUUAAUUUUUGGUGAGGGGACUACAAAUCUAGGAGGACUAUUUUAGAAUAGGCUGAUAGAUGACAUACUUCGGAUAAUAUAUAUAUACAUAAACAUAUAUAUAUAAAAUUAUAAAUAUAUAUGUAAAAUAUAGAUAUAUAUUUUCUACUGAAAUGCUUCCAUAUGAGGCCUGCAUUCCUGCCUUUUUAAAAUACAGGAGUUUCAAAGAGGCCUAUGGUUUGCUCGUAACGUCCAACGUGCAUUCAAAUGCACAAAGAAAAAAAAAAUCUCAACUAUGAUUACACAAAAUGUUUAAUUAAAAACUGAAUUAUACAUUUUAAAAAUGUUUAUAUUUUAUUUUAUUCAUUUCACUGAUUUUAAAAUACAAUUUUUUCUGUGAAAUUAAAAAAACAAAUUGUAAUCGUAGAAAAAAGGUUUUUUUUUUUCUGUGUGCAAAGCGAGAUUGAUUGAGACUGAUAAACGAAUAUGAGCGCACAUUUCAUAAUUUUCAGUUGAUAAAAUUGUUUUUUCACUAUAUAUAUAUAUUAAUGCAAAGACAUUGAAUUUAAAAAUUAUAGUCAAUUUUGCAAGUCAAAAGAGUGGAGAAAAAUGAUUAUUAUUCGAAAAAAUCAAAGUGCUCUCUAAUUUCGUGAUUAAAGAACAAAAAAAUCAAAGAUAAUACAAAAAAAUAGAUUAUCACUUUUGUUUCCACAACUCUUUUGAAUUCAAUAAAAAUUGUUUCUAUCAAAAAAUAAAAUUUUUUGAUACUUUUUAUAAAAAAAAUAGUAUUUUUUGAGGAUUUUUAUACAAUUUUUAUGCUAAUUGGAUUGAUAUAUUAGAUACGAUAUGUGGGCGAGAAUCUAUAAUUUUCUGCAAAAUAAUGUGCAUUUCAGUGUAAAUGAGAAAGUAAAAAAAAAAUGAAAUGAGCAAAUAUGGGUCGCAGAGUGGUUAUUCGUGUCCUAUAGGAGGACCAAUUUUUUUUUUUUUUUUGUACGGUUAAACCAGUAUUUUAUAUUACUUUACGAUUACUUAAGAUCAAAGCAUAAUCUUUUGCAUCCUGGUUACGAAAAUGUACUUAAAAAGUCAUUCGAUAGAUUUUGUACUUUUAAUUAUUACUAAUUAUUAUACAAAGGAGAUAUAUCUCAUUUUGAUCCACUAUUUUAAACAUACAUAGACGUGUUUUAUUUUACAAAACAUAGUUUUUCUAAUCCUAAAAAGGGACGAUAAAUUUUCAAAAGACAAAUUACAGUAAAAAAAUUUUCGACUUUUUAAAAAAAUGUCGAAUUAAAAGAAAUUUUCAUAUUAUAAUUUUGUGUUUUUAAAAAAAACAAUUUCUAAAAUUGUUACGCAAUAAUUAAUUUUUAUUCAUCAGUUUAAAACUGUAUGAAAUUCUUUUUAAAUUAUUAUUUUUAUAUUCCAAAUUUAAAUGUUUUAAACAUUACAAAUAUUUUUUUUCCAUUUCCUUUAUUGAUUUAGUUUUCGCAAUAAAAUACAAUUUCGAGAAUUAGAGAUUCUCUUUUAAUCAAAAAAGAAGAAGUUUAAAUUUUAAAUUCAAGUUUUCUUAUUGUAAUUUACAAGCAACUCUCACGAAUUUCUCCGAGUUUUUGAACAACAUUCAAAAACAUUUUUCAGAGAUGUUCGUAUUAUAUUUCCAAAAAAAAAAAACGCGAAAUAAAAAAAAAAUUACAGACUAACAAGAAAUGAAUAAAGUUGUAUUGUAUCAAUACAAUAUUUUAUUGACUUCAAGAUUUGUUAAAAAAUGCAAUUUAAAUUAUAAAUAAUUCAAUAAAAUAUUUUAAGAUAUAUAUUAAUUUUUUUUUUAAUUAAUUAGAAUUCUUGAAUUUCUAAUUAUAAACUUGAAUAAAACUCAACUAUCGCCCUUUGUAGGAUAGAGAAAAAAAAUUUAUGUAACAAAUCUAAAAAUUAAUUAUUAAUUUAAAAAACAAAGGCAUAUAGUAUCGACAAAUUUUUACAUUUAUAAUGAAUUUUAAUUCCACGUACGUCUGGUUCAAAGUAUAACUUUUAUUUUCUAAAAAAAAAAAAAACACGAAACGUUUAAGAAAACAAAAAAAUAUUUUCCGUACUAAUUUGGAUGCUUUUUUCAAAUUAGUUUUAUUGCGAUAUUUAAAUAUUACUUAAUAGUCGUAAUGAAAAAUAGGAAAAAAAAAAUGUCCAGUAUUCAUGAUUCAUAAUGAAUUGGUAUUAAAAAAAAAAAAAACGUUUAACGAAUGUUGUAAUAUUGACAUUAGAUGAGUAGGUCAAGUUUAAACGAAAAAAAAAAAUAAAUUAAAAUGUUGUAAAUAUCUAAAUUAAAGGAGAAAAAAAAUAUAUAUAUAUACUUUGUGCCGCGUCGAGUGCCUGAGAAGUAUGAGAGAAAUAAUUGUGCGCUAUGAGCGAACGCUUUAAUUAUCUAAGAUGAAAGUACGCGAGAGAAUGUGUAGAAUUCUAGAUAUAUGAAAAAAGUUAGAUAUUUGUCUGUUAAAAAAAAAAAUAACUAUUCUAUAUGUUUAUAAUUGAUGAUAUAAUUAAUUCUACAUCCCUCGACUAUAUUAGAUUGCAAACGUACUGCAAUUUUUUUUUUUUUUUAAAUUGUUUUUUAUACAAAUUAAGAAUGUUAAAAAAAUUUUAUUUAUCGACUAACAAUAAGUGAUAAAAACGUCCUCAAAUUUAAAUUGCAGUUGAUUUAAAAUAAAAAUUAUAAUUUUCUUAAAGUUCUGAAUUUUCAUUCAACAAGUGAAAUUUUCAAUUUUAUUUUUAAAAUUCAAUUUUUUAAUCCAAUAUUUUAAAAAUAAAGUUUUAAAUACUAAAAUCAAAAAACAAAAAAUUUUAAAAUAUUUAAAUCAAAAAAAAAAAAUUCAAAUGCGAAUGUUCAGAACUUUGUAAAAAAAAAGUAGAGAAUGGUUUAAUAGUCUUGACAAUUUCACCGUUUUGUUUUCAUUUUUCGCCGAAAAUAUAUUGUUAUUACAAAUUUUUAAAAUAGAAAAA